UAUUUAACAGUGACACGAAACGAUUCGCGAUUUACAUAAGUUACAAAAGGUCCUAGUUAACUAUAGCAAUCGUUAAACGUUAAAUGCGUUUCUAGUCAUCUAAUAAAAAGAAGCAUAUUAUGUUAAUCGUGCCGGAGCUCGCUAAAAUUAAAUAAAACCUCCAAAUUAACCUACAAAUUGGAUGCAAGUGUAAGAUGACAUCGGUUACAGAGGAAUCGUUCGCGACCGACCAGGUCGUCGGUCCCGGUUCUCGAGAGGCGAACGAUAAUAUCUGGGAAAACGUGUUGGGUUCUCCGCGAUACAUAGUCGCGCCGAUGGUCGACGCGAGCGAGUUAGCCUGGAGGCUGCUGAGUCGACGCCACGGAGCGCAACUUUGUUAUACGCCGAUGCUUCACUCGUCGGUUUUCUGCAGAGAUCCCAAGUAUCGGCGAGAAGCGUGCGCCAGCACCGCCGAAGACAGACCGCUGAUCAUUCAGUUUUGCGGCAACGAUCCGAACACUUUACUGGAAGCGUCACUUUUGGCCGAGCCGUACUGCGACGCGAUAGACAUAAAUAUAGGCUGCCCUCAAGCUAUCGCCAAACGCGGACGCUACGGUGCUUUUCUUCAAGACGACUGGGACUUGCUUCGACGAAUCGUUAGCACCUUGAGCAAGAAACUCCGUGUACCUGUCACUUGCAAAUUACGAGUAUUCGCGGAAAUCGAAAAGACCGUGCAGUAUGCUCGGAUGCUCGAGAGCGCUGGAGCACGACUGCUUACUGUGCAUGGACGAACCCGGGAACAGAAGGGUCGGUUAACCGGCGUGGCGUCUUGGGAGCACAUCGAAGCAGUUAGGCAAGCCGUCGCGAUUCCAGUAUUCGCCAACGGUAAUAUACAAUGUCUGCGAGACGUCGAGAGAUGCAUAGAGGAAACCGGUGCGUGCGGUGUAAUGUCGGCCGAAGGUAAUCUUUACAAUCCUUACAUAUUCGAGGGACGUCAUCCGCCAAGCUGGGAGCCAGCGCUCGAAUAUUUAGAUUUGGUGGAACGGUAUCCAGCUCCGGCCUCUUACAUUCGUGGCCAUCUCUUCAAACUGUUUCAACACAUACUUUGUUUAGCAGAGAAUAAAGAAGAGAGGGAAAAUCUGGCCAGAAACUCUACCAUGGAAUCGUUCAGAAGCGUCGUGUACUCUUUGAGAGAUCGAUAUCUACCGUAUCACGAAGGACGCCUGACGUGGCGAGAAGAAACAACCGACUAUAACUUGAAAUUACCACCGUGGUUGUGUCAACCGUACGUACGGAGUCCUCCCGAAGAGCACGUGCAACGAAUAGAAACGGAAAAGAUCGAAACGGGAAACGUGAAUGUGAAGAAAAAAUUCACGGACGAGGAUGGAAACGAGGUAUCGCGGAAACGUUUGAAGAAGCUUAGACGAAUCGCGCGUCGUCCCAAUAGGCCAGCCGUUAUCGUUAAAAGAGGAUCCGACUUGUGCUACAACUGUCCCAAUCCAGUGGGUCUCAAGUGUGUUCACAAACUGUGCCGACAGUGCUGUCGAAACAAGUGUUUCGUGGAAAAUCUAGAUUGCAUCGGACAUAGAAAUUUAACUAAAACAAGACGACAAAUGGCGAUCGAAUUCGCUGCGAAACGAAAAGCUAUCGACGAUACGAUAUGACUUUGUAAAUAAUUUUA